GGGCCGGGCGCUCAUUAUGCUCCUCACUUAGUUGAAGCCAUGAACUGAUGUACAAGUGUGAUGAUGAAUCUAAACAGUCUACAAACAGGAGAGGAUAUAUAUGUACCCUCAGUAGGCAGUGAGUGACACUGCCUACUGCCUACACAUGUCACUGCCUGUCACGUGAUGAGUCUCAAAUCAACUCACUUUCAUUCUGGCUUGACCACACAUCUGAUCCGUCGAGGGUCGCUCACCAUGUCAUAUCCACGGGAUCCAAACCCUACAAAGGAAACCUUCGGCGUUGGGGCGAGAUGGGACGUGCCAGCAGAGAAGGUGCACGAAGUCUGGGUCGGCAACGAGGGAUGCGAAUACGUGAUCGGCGAGUGAUCGGUUCGAGUGCAACCAAAGACCUCUUUACCAGUACUUUUUUCAGAUGGUCCCUCACUAUCGCGCCGAAGCAGUUGGAGGAGAUAGAGCGGGUGCGGGCCGUGUUGUCCUGUAUGAAUAUGAACUAUGCUAGGUUGCGUGCGAGUCUAGCCUUGAGGUAGAGAAGGUCCUCCACAUGCUUGUUCACAAGUCAAUAGCAGACUUGUCGGUAUUGUGAAGGAGAUAUAUACCAGCGGCAAAUAUAGGGUUCGCUGAUUGUUACCAUAUAUCAUGGCCGACACGAUGAUCGUGCAAAUAGCGGUGCCCGGUAAGAAUAUCGGAUGAAGCACAUUUUGACCCCGUAGAAAAGUCCCGUGGGAGCAAAGUAGUGAUCGUUUUUAGGUGAAAUCUGAUUUGUCCCCCGGAAGAUGUCGCAUCAUGUGCUGCCUUUACCCGAUUGGCCAAUGUGUCACCUCGGAGGUUCUGGGCUGCGCUCU